AUGACUUUUUCUCACUUCAUCUCCACCUUUGCGUUGUCCUUCAUCUCACCCUACAUUGUCUAUUUUUCCAAACAAUCAUCAUCAAAAGGUGAAAAGGAAAAUUCAUCGAUCGGAACGGAAAGAAGAUUUAGUAAUGUCGUGUUGGGAAUUAUGGCUUUUGGCUUGACCAUGUUCUGUAAAAUGUUUUUGAUUGCCAUUGUUAUUAGAGGAAAUGAAAAUCAACAAUUACAAAGUGGUGCCAUUAAUUUUGAUGAUAACAAACAAAUUGCAACAUUAGGCUUUGGCUUCUUUAUUACAGAAAUUUUAAAAACCUUGAUAGGAUCAUUGGAUUUAAUCGGAAUGUUCUUUAUUCUUUCUUCUAAAUGGUUAUUAGGUGACCAAACUUCUCAAUUAUAUGGAUGUGCUAUUGGAUGGACUAUGGGUGAUAAUUUAUUCAACAGAUUACUUCCAUUGUGGUUCAGUACUCGUGGAUUACAAUUUGAACUUAAAUCUCUUCAAAUGGGUGUUUAUAGUAAUAUUGUAAUGCUUGAAUGGAUUGCUGUGGCAACAUUUGUCUUUCUCUAUUCAAAGAAAAAGUUUGAACAAAAGAACUAUGUCAGAACCAUGUUAAUUAUUCUCACAGUUUUCCCAUUCGUUUUUGAAAUUGUCAAGGUUCUUAUUGGAGUGCAAUGUGUUUGGUGUUUGAUGGGAAUUAAGGCAUGUUUCUAUGGAGUUUUCUGUUUAUUAGCAAACUCUACCUUGUCUCAAUACGAAAAGGAGUAA